AUGCGUCGUGCUGAACAAGAAGAACAGCUUGAACUACCCAUCGACUUUCACGCUGGUCUCUACUGUGACCUACUUGAUGACAUCAGGUUUCGAGCUUGGAAACAAAUACGUCGGCGCUGGCAAUUGCACAUUAAUGGAGGGCCGGGAAGUGGCAAGGUGAGUAGCCGAGGAAACAUUUGCGCCAUCUAUCACGAAGCUCGUCUGAAUGAUAAGAACUAAUUCAGUUGUCCCAAAGACCACUCUAGGAAUUCAACUUGCGAGACACCUGCAAGACGAAGGCAGGUUUCCGAUAAUACUGCUCCAUGUCCACGAUUACAAGCCACCCGUUGAAGAAACUGCUACGCUGUGUAGCCUCAGACUUCUUCACAAUGAGGCCUACCGGUCAAAGAAAUUCACCAAAAGCAAUGAGCCAAUCAUAGUCAGCGGGCUAGAUAGCUUGGCGUCAAACUCGGAUUCCCAAGAACUGCACAAAACCCUGGCCAGAUGUCUCUAUGAAUCAAAUGGAUGUUAUCUCAUCAUUGAUGGCCUUGACAAGUGUCAAGAAUCCAUCCAGAAUCAAAUGUUUCAAGGAUUAUCUGCCUUCGAAGCACAAGGACUGAGAGUGCUCGUUCUCAGAGGUGCGCCCGAGCUGCAGCCGUUCGACUGUUACUAUUACUGCUGCGACAAUUGCCAACACUCUCCCGUCGAAGCAGAUGGUCUACAAAUCUAUUGGCAGUGCUCAACUUGCAACUAUCAUCUCUGUGACCCGUGCAAAUCUAUUGGUAUGGAUUGCAGUAGCGAACACCUGCAGAUGAUCGAGCCUUAUAAGACUGUCAACAUUGAGCUUGCCCCAAAUCUCUCGGGGUUGGAAAAAUUUGUGCAGCUUGACCUACGCAGGGAGUUUGGACAGGGUGUUGGCGAUGAGAUAAUAGAAGAUAUUCUCGGACGGAGCGAAGGCAAUAUCAACCUUGCGAAGCUGAGACUAGAUCAUAUCCGUGAUUCUGGAUCACCUCGCGAUGUUUUAUCCGUUAAAGAUCGACUUCCUCGAGAAAUUAUUGCAUUCUUCGACACAGAAAUACAAAGCGUCAGCAUCGGAGAUCCUAUGCAACGUUAUCAAGCGCUGAUUGCUUUGGUUACGGUGGCGGAAAAAAGAUAUGUCUCAGUAUUCGAACUCGAACAAGUGCUGGGUUACACCGAUAACUCUGAGCCAGGACCAAUUGACGAGAGUUAUCCAUAUGUGCACCGUGCACUCAACGCAACUCAUGGGAUGCUUCGUACCACUGUCUGGCUCGGCCGCCAGGAUCCUAGCGACUCAGAAUUGGAUAGGCACAAAGUCACCCUGUACACAGAAGAUUUGUACUGGUACAUUCGUGAUGACUAUAACGAGGAUCUGACUGUGGCUAAACAGUCUCUGCACCUGGCAUUGAGAGAAGAAGAAACUCUGAAUCGCAGCGACAGCUUGGGACAGGUGAUAGGAAUGGACAAAACAGACGUCGCAAAAAUCAAAUGCCUUAAAGGAGAACUGGGGCAGCCGAGAAUCGUCAACGCUAUACUCAGCGAUCCAGGACCCAUCUGUGAACCUUGUAAAUAUAUUCUGUUCGAGAGCGAAGGUAAUUCCGGAUACCUUACUUGUUUUGACUGUGUUUUUCCGGUACAAUGUCCCAUAUGUUCCUACAUGUACAAGGAAAUGAAGGACAAUACGAAUACUUCAUCCGGAUUCCGCUGGUCAAGACGGACGAUGGGCCGAGCCUCAAAUGUUACUGAGCAACUGUCUGUGAAUUUAAAACGUGGUGGCUUCGGUACGACAAAGCUUGAGCGGACCUUCAUCUUCAUGCUCAAAUCAGAGCUCAGUCUGGUUCCUAACUCGAAUGACCUACGGACGAGUACACAUCUUGGACACACCGGCACGCAGAUCAGAUCAUGGCUCCAAACAUGCCAGGAUGAGCAUGAUCACUGUGGUCACAGAACUUCGAAUUCGUAUGUCCCCAAGCGCCUUGUAGACGUUGAUACAGGAAUCGAAGGGCUGUUCCGCAUCAUACCAAAGGCCGACAAGCGUGAUGGACCUUACGUUACGCUGAGUCACUGUUGGGGCAGGAGUCCUAACUUUCUGGCACUGACUACAAACAACAUGGAAAGGCUUAUGGGUGAGGGGUUCUUAUCUUCGGAUCUACGCAACAGAAACUUCGACGAAGCGAUCCAAGUUGCAAAGCAUCUAGGUGUGAGGUACAUUUGGAUUGAUUCUCUAUGUAUUUGCCAAGCAGGAAAGAAAAUGGAUUUCUCAUCAGAAGGUCAAUACAUGCAUCUGGUCUAUCAACAUUCCCUUUGCAACAUUGUUGUGGCCGAUUCGGAGAACGGGGACGGCGGGCUGUUCAGGCUACGACCACCAAAAUCAUUAUUGGGUACAAGCAUGAAGCAAUCAUGGGUAAUACUGGAAAAAGACUUAUGGGAUAAAGAGUUGCUUCAAAGUCCUAUCUACAAGCGUGGCUGGGUCUUCCAAGAAAGAAUGCUCUCCCCUCGUAUUGUCCACUUUACACGCUCAGAGGUAUUUUGGGACUGUAGCGCAGUGAGCGCAUGCGAAAGUCUGCCGCAUGGUAUCCCACUUGCGCUCUCUGCAACAGCCACCACGGAUCGCGGCUGGCGUGGCCGUCUGCAAAGACAGAACUCCAACCAGAAAGCUGUAAGAUCCACGACUGAAGACUCGCUUGAGUCGUUCUGGAAGUCUGCUAUCCUUAACUAUACUUCAUGCGAGCUGACGAACCAGUCCGACAAGACAUUGGCUAUCUGGAGCGUUGCGAAACUAGUGCGAGACCAGUUGGAACUUGAGGAUGAGUAUGGUUGUGGUCUUUGGGCUAAUGCGCUUCACGAGCAACUAGCUUGGCAAGUGGAAAUAACGAAGAGAGAAGCCAGGAUGGACUCGCUACAAGCAAUAUUCCCGAGCUGGUCGUGGGCUUCUGUGAAUGCGCCAAUCCAGUUACGUGACCGCAUUGUCGAGAAAAGGUCCUACACGAUCAAGAGUCACGAGAGGAAUCGAGUCAGUUUCAAUGAGUUUGUGGACAAGGCAACGCCGCGCGACCGCCAGCCGAAGUUUGCAGCAUCCCAGUCACUUGCCAUCUGCGGUUAUUUGAUUCCCGGGCAUGUGUCCCAGAAUCAUCUUGACUUCACUUACAAAUUUGAGUACACAACAGCUGCUACACCCGAAGACAUCAAUUACUUCAAGGUUACACUUGAUGAGGUGCCGAUUUUAGCACUUCUCGCUGUACAGGGGCUUCAAUUCCUGCCGCUUGUAGCUAGGAAGAUUAACGAUGAGGGCAGCGCGUAUUCCGGCACCGGACUUGUGCUCAUUGCUAACCACGACUUUCGGCAACUCACUCAAUCCAAGCUCAGAAGGAGGAUCGUGGAGCUGGCCAGUCUUUAUCGACCCCGAAUUUCGGAGAACCGAAACAGUGAAGACUGCAAUUUGGAAAUGAGAAGACUGCGUGGAAGCAUACAACUCCUAGACUCGUGGCUGCGCGAAAUGAAAAAGAAGGAUCAAGAAAAACCAAACCUUGCAGCACUCUCGUAUCGCAGACUUGGUGCGGUACAAUUCAGUGGUCUAGCUGCGGAAGUGUGGGACGAAUUUCGCAACAGUGAGGAGAGGCGUCUUUGGCUAGAUUAA